AUGAGGUUUCUUGAAAGCUGUUGGACAGCUAUCACUUACACACUCGGUUUCGGAUCAAUCUCACCCUGGAAUGGACCAGGCUCUCAGCAUCCUAUUUCUCUAGAGCCUGUCCUUGCUGGCCAUGGUGCUCCACACGUUGUUGAUGACACCCCCAGAUUUAGGCCUCCCAAUGGACCAGAACACUCCAGAUUCAUUUGCGAGUAUCCACAAAUGAAGGGAUGGAGAGAUUGUUCAACUUCUCGCGAUCGGGGCUGUUGGCUCCGAGGACCAGGCGACAAGAAGUUUGACAUUAAUACCAAUUAUGAAAACAAUACACCCAUUGGUGUCCUUCGCAAAGUAAGCUUUUGUUGUGAAUUAUGUUUCCAUAAAUUCGCUGACUUUCGUCAAGUACACUCUAGAUGUUGACGAUAUGGAGCUGCAUCCCGAUGGUUUCAAAAACUUAGGCGGUAAAGUGUUUAACAAAACCUUUCCAGGACCUUGGAUUCGUAAGCUUAAGUAUCUAAUUCUAUCUAGCUGUGUGAUGCUGACUAUUCUUAGAGGCUUGCUGGGGUGACGAUAUAGGUAAACAGACUACUACCUUAAUUUAGGGGGUUUAUUAAUUCUCUCUAGAAAUCACUGUUCGAAAUCACUUGAAAUAUAAUGGCACUACUAUACAUUGGCAUGGCAUCCGUCUUCUCAACAACAUGGAAAGCGACGGAGUUAACGGUACGCUUCUUAUCAUUUGGAAGAAAGAGUAAUAUAUACUGAUUUUAAUUCACAGGAGUUACUCAGUGCCCGAUUGCUGUAAGAGGCGCCCGUUACUUAACUUGAGAAGUGCAAAUAAUCUGAUAUCAGCUAGCCGGGUGAUGAAUACACAUACAAGUUCAAAGCUCAACAAUAUGGAACUUCGUGGUAAGCAUAUCCUGGGACGGAUUCAACCCAGAUUGUAAUUAACCAUUUCGUAGGUAUCACAGCCACUAUUCUUUGCAGGUAUGUCUCGAAAUCGUGAGCUUUAGUUUGAAACGAGGCUGAUAAAGCAACCAAACCAGUACGGGGACGGCAUGAAGUGAGUAAAAGCUUUCAAAUUUGUUCUACUGAAAUCAUCAAAAUCAUACUCUAUUGCAAGAUACUGAAGUACAAGACUUGCGGAGAGACUCGAAAUGAUUGAAUUUGGGUAACUCUUGUGAUCUCAAGUAGCUUCUUCAAUCUACUGGAGUAUUCACUUGUUUCUAGCACAAAAAUAUUACUGAAAAGUCUCCGGGUCGUAUGCUCAAAUAAAUGUUUGCUAAUCACGAAUUAGGGGCCCAUUAACAAUUUAUGGUCCAUCUUCAGAUGAAUAUGAUCUAGCUAUUGAUCCUAUUUUGAUGAGUGACUGGAGCCAUCGAAGUGCCUUCGAGGAUUUCCAGAAAGAGCUUGAUCCGUCACAUGGUAGACCAUUGAUGAUCAGUGUUCUCCUUAACGACCAGGGUAAAAUUCCACCAAAUCAUGAGUAUGUUAUGUGGGCUGACAAAAUCACAGGUAGAUACAAUUGCUCCGAAAUAGAAAAGCAACAAGGGAAUUGUACAGAGACACCUCCGACCUACUAUAAUACAACAGUUCAAGCUGUAGGAAACCCGACCAUUCAUUCAUGUUCUUCUAGCUAACAUCAAAUGCAGGGAAAGAAGUAUCUUCUCCGAAUCAUUAAUACUUCCGUAGACAAUACUUUUAUCUUCACUAUCGACAAUCAUAACCUCACAGUCAUCAGUGCGGAUUUCGUCCCCAUCAAGCCUUACGUAACAAAUGCUGUCUUAGUUGGAAUAGGUAAGCUCAUCCAAUCAAAGCCAAGGUUGUUGCUCACACAUGUGCCUUUCAGGUCAGAGAUAUCAUGUGAUUUUGGAAGCAAAACCAACCAUAACCACGUCCAAGAAAAAUUUCUGGAUUCGAACUGUUGUUCCCCAAGGGUGCAGUGGAUUCCCUCAAGGGUCACCUCCUGAGGAGAAGAACGGAAUCCUGAACUAUGAAGGCUCCGAUAUUAAGCCUCCAGAGACCGCCAAAGGAAAAUUCGAUGAGACGUGCUCAGAUGAGCCAUAUGACAAAUUGAUUCCUAUUGUUCCUUGGCAGAUUGGAGAUCCCGUCAACGAACGUAAGCAAGCUUCCUGAUACCUUGACUAUCGCUUUCUCACAUCAAAGCAGAACAGUCUAGCACUUUCCAAGUUGGGCUAACUCAAGUUGAUCCCACUACUGGCAAAUAUCCUGGACAACAUAAUUACUCACGAUGGGACAUCGGCGGCGAGCCGAUGUUCCUCAACUUCUCCAACCCCACAAUCAAUAACCUUCACCAAGGAACAGUUUGGCCAGCUCAAGUGGGAGUAAUACAAUCAACAAACACGCCCGCUGUGACAGCCGAGUCGUGGAUUUAUCUCGUCGUCACAGCUACAGGAUUCCCCUUCAGCUCCGCACCAAAGAACUUCAUUCCGGCCGCCCACCCAGUACCUCCCCCACCCCCAAACAACACAUACACAACUAACAAACCCGCAGAUCCACCUCCACGGCCACGACUUCGCCAUCCUCCAACAAAGCGAAAAGCCCUUCUGGGCGCCCCUCGUCAAGAUCANACACAUACACAACUAACAAACCCGCAGAUCCACCUCCACGGCCACGACUUCGCCAUCCUCCAACAAAGCGAAAAGCCCUUCUGGGCGCCCCUCGUCAAGAUCAAAAAAGACAACCCCCCACGACGAGACGUCGCACUCCUCCCCGCCAACGGCUACCUGCUUCUAGCAUUCAAAGCCGAUAACCCCGGCGCGUGGCUCAUGCAUUGCCAUAUUGCGUGGCAUGCCUCUUCGGGAUUGGCGCUGCAGAUUCUGGAGAGAGAGAGGGCGAUUGAUAUUAGUCCGGCGCAUAUGAAGGAGACGACGAGGGUUUGUGAUAAUUGGAAUGCGUGGGUGGGGGAUCGGAGGAAUCAUUGGAAUUCUACGGGGGAAUUCCAGGAUGAUUCGGGGAUUUAGGGGGUGGCGGGAGGUGUUGAGUUGGGGGGGUUUUGGGUUAUGGGAAGAUGAUUUUGUUCACUUGUACUUGUAGUUGCUAUAUAUGGCUUACUUUGUCUCCUCGUGGAGCCGGUGAUUAUGCUAAGAAAAAUUCCCAUCAAAAAGAUUGAGAUACA